GCAACCCCGUUGGGACGUAAGGGUUCCCAUCAUGAGGGCUUCUCGUUAUUCUUUUGCUCACUCUCUCUCUACUCUCCUCCUCCUCUUCCUUCUAGCCACUGCUGCUCAAGUUCGAGCUAGACCUCUUCUACUUGCAGAGAGGUUGAGAAUGACAGUUGAAGACUAUGGAAGGUCAUUGAGGCCACUGCCUCUGCGGCAUGCGGCAUCGCCGCCUGUAAUGAGGCCAUGCAAAGAGAUGCCUGCAACGGCAGCGGCGACGGCGACGAGGAGAAAUAACUAUAGAUAUGAUGAAGUUGUGGGAGCGACAUACUCGCCACCACCACCACCUCCAAAAGUAGCUCCACCGACCCACCAAAUCACAUGCUUAAACUCUCCUCCUUCAGACGGUGAUUUGAUCAUAUCAAUGGUUACUGAUCUCGACUUUGGGGCACCAUCAAAAUCACCACCUCCACCUCCAAAAGUAGCACCCCCACAGAAACCAGGGACCGACGAUCUUGAGGCGCCAUCAAGAUCGCCGCCUCCACCCCCAAAAGUAGCACCCCCGAGGAAACCAGGGACCAACGAUUUCGAGGCGCCAUCAAGAUCACCACCUCCACCCCCAACAGUAUCACCCCCAUCCCACCAAACCAACAAUUCCGAGAGGACAUACAAAUCACCACCGCCAUCUGGGAAUUCAUUGCCUUCGACCCACCACUUAACCGAAGAAUUUGGCCGACUUAAUAUGAUUAAUUCAGAAAGAUCCCCGCCCUCUGCCGAGUCUUAUUAUUCAGCUUAUUAAACUCCCUUCAUAGUCCUUAGUUCUAAGACCUGCCUUCGAUUUUGGGUGUGUUGAUUAGUUGAUUCUGCAGCUGCUGAAUUUUUCGCAUCGAGUGUGAUGUGAAUAUGAAGUGUUUUCACUGUAUAAUAUUGUGACGUAGCAGCUGGUUAGUAUACUUUUUAAUAAGAUGGGAAGUUCAA